CACUAUCCGAGUAUCCGACCGACCGACCCCAUCUCAAAAAAGAAAAAAGAAAAAACACUGCCCACUCCUUCCAAGUUCCAACAACCUUUCCUCUCUGCUUCCUGAACAUACGUCCUCCUCCGCCUCUUCGUCUCUAAUAUCGUCUUCCCCGCGCGCGGCCUCCCCAUGCACCAACACCGCAACCACCCCCGCCACGCCCGUCUCCAACCAUAAACGACGUGAACCCUAAACAACCAACACGCACAGCAUAUAGGUAGAUAAACAGAGACGCAUACGAGCUAGUUUCAGGCUUUCAGCCAUGCGGCGGUCAGAUUGGGAAGACCGGUGCAAGCGGCACCCGGAGCACCGGCUGUCCGAGGGCGUCUGCCCGUUCUGCCUCCGCAAUCGUCUCGCCCACCUCUCCGCCUCCUCCUCGGCCACAACCACCACACUCGCCUCCUCCUCGGACAUCACCCCCACGUACUCCGCGGGCUCGUCCCCUCCGCCCCACCACGUCGCGCUCUCGGCGGACGUCAGCUCGGUUCACGUCUUCGGCGGCGGCGAAGGCUCCACUAGCUCCUCCUUCGUCAACGUUGCGGCCUUCUCGCAGCUGCUGAUGCCGACCUCCGCUAAGAAACCUGCAGGGAGGCAAGAAGAGGCGGCGGGCAGGGAGCCUGUGCAGGAGAAGGGGGAGGUCAAGAAGAAGAAGAGCGGCAAGAAGAAGAAGAUAGGGAGGUUCCUGUCGAGGCUCGUCGGAGCGGAGAAGCGGCGGCAAGCUGGCGACGCCGAGCUCUUCCACUCCAAGACCGUGAAGGAUACGACGUCGUCCAAGUGGGUGUUCUUCUGAAUUCUCAUCAGACGGCGGCGCGCCAUGCACGCUUGCAAGAUAUGCUCCACCGGUUCUUGAUCAAUCCUUUACUCUCCCUCGUUUUUUUUUCAGGUACUCCUGUGCUUGAUUUUGAGAUUUUUUGGGUUCUGUGUACGAAAUUAAGUAAUUAACCUUUUUGGCGAUUUUGUACUUGAUCAUAAGGAUAUUAAGGUUACGUAUGUUGGAAAUUGUAUAUGCUUAUUCUAUGAAGUUAGAUAAUUUGAGAACAACGUUUAUAUGGAUGUCAAA